AUGGCAAAUAUAAUAGUUCAUUCUAAUUUUUUAUUUUUAGUUUUAGAUUCCAGUAGCGGAUUUAAACCAGGUUUUUUAUAUGGAAAUAAUUAUUGGUUAGGCAGUCGUAGCCAGUGUCUCGAUAUAAGUAGAAGUCUUUCAAUGUCAUCGAGAAUAAUAUUGAAUAACAUGCAGUAUCGUGAUCUACAGAAAGAAUUUCCGCCUUUUGAUAUAAAUUACUUUGUUGCUCAUUUUAGAUACAAUAGUACUCUUCAAUAUCAUAUACGUAUGUUUACAGAGGAUGUGAUAACACUAGGAUUCUGUCUGCCAGCAUCGUGUUCAACAAGCAAUUUAAGUUUUAUAUUGGAAAGAAUAUUGCAAGACAAAAUUAUCUUAAGAUAUGAUCUUCAUUUCACGGACAUCCAUUUGAUUCGAGUUAAAAAUCUGAAAGAUGAUGACAAGUUAUCCGGUGGUGCAUUUCUUUAUAUUUGUAUAGGCUUAGGCCUCUGUUUCAUGACAACAACCGGCACGAUAUAUGAUAUAUUCAUCCAGAAAAAUUUAAAGAAAAAUAACAUGAACAACAUUAACAACGUAACUACUAUGUCUUAUUCUUUUCUAAUCGAAAUUUUAUUAAGGUUUACACCAGUAUACAUGAUGGUGUUAGGACUAUGGUACUUAAGUUCAAAGUCGUUUGACAAGAUAUCGCAAGUUUACAUACACGAAAGAGCGCACGAAACGUGCUCAAAGUACUGGUGGAGGAAUCUUUUGUAUAUACAUAAUUUAUUUGGUUUUAAUGCAAUGUGCAUGAAUUGGAGUUGGUAUUUAUCUGUUGAUAUGCAAUGUUAUACAAUCAAUCUGAUGGUAUUAAUUUUAUCAACUAUAUACUUUAAUGGCGCUGUUACGAUCUUGGGUGCAUUGUUGAUAAGUUCUAUUAUUCUCACCGGUUAUAUUUCAUAUGCUUAUGAAUAUGUUCCAGCACUUAAUGAAUUAUAUCGACACGCGGAUAUCUUAUACAUACCACCAUGGAUGAGAAUAAAUUCAUAUAUUAUUGGUGUAAUCACUGGAUAUAUUUUAAUAAAAUUAAAUAAUAAUUUGCUCUGGAAAAAGAAAGUUAUAAUUCUGUGUUGGUGCGCCUUUUGUCUUGCCAGCGCAUGUAACGUUUUUAUUUUAUUUCUGAUCUACGAGCAAUACAUAUCCGUUUCAAUUAUUGCUGUAUAUCUUGCUCUACAAAAAAUGCUUUAUGCCAUGGGUGUAGCUUGGAUUGUAAUAGCGUGUUCUACUAAACACGGAGCAUGUAACAUGCGGAAGUCCUUCAGCCUCCACUGGGCCGAGUUGUUCUGGGAAGACUAUCUAUAUCUGAGCGAUCUCCGGUGUGUUACCAGCUUAGGAAAUUUGAGAGUGUUUCAACAACUUGAUGAUUAUUCAAAAAUUUGCAGCAAAUGGUACGUAGUUCUGACACCCGUCGUGAAACUCAGAUAUACUCGUCUAUUUAGGCACCAUCUAAUCCAUGUAAACGCCGUGCAUCAAAACCGUUGCGCUAUAUGUCACGAAAUAAUGGUAAUGGUUGGAAUGGCCAAAUCUUGUCAAGAUUGUCUAGAACGAUUCGACCACGCCGACAGAACACUCCUAAAUGCCGGCCACGGCAUACCUGUAGCCAUUUCCCCAAGGGAAACUUAAGAUUACGCAAGCGUAGUGUUACGUAUAAUACUAAGGGAAAAUAAGAUUGCAAAAAAAAAAAAA